AUGUUUAGAGAAAAUGCUGUUUUGUUGAAUAUUUCUCAAAAUCCUGAUUGUACCUUUUUUGUUUUAUCAUUUGCAGCUUCGGACAAAUCCAAGGUGCAAAGGAAUAAGUUGAAGACAUCUGGGGAAAAGAUUGACUACAAAUGCCAGGUUCGAGCAACCGAUGGCAAGAAGGCCAUUUCCACCAUUGUGAGUAUUCUAGCAUUUAUUUUCUUAAGGCUUGCUGAAGUUGAUUGGUUUGUAAAGCUCUACUUCCCCACCCUCGGGUUUUUUCAGCCCGCCUCUAUUCAUGCUUCCAUGUCUCCAUCCAGUGGACGGAGACAUGGAACUCCAUCCAUUGGACGGAGACAUUUCUCAUGGAACUCAUUGGAUGGAGACAUUACUGGACUGAGACAUUGA